UCGAGUGAACAACUAUGUGACGUUAAUAGAAAGUUUUACCUUAGUUUUUCUAUUGAACCGUAUUGUUUAGUGUUGAAAAAAUUUCGUCAAAAUGAAGACAGCAUUUAUGGUAGCCGAAAAACCAUCUCUGGCCGCGUCUCUCGCCAAUAUUUUAAGCAAUGGAAGAUGCACCACUCGAAAAGGUUCAAAUGGCUCGUGCUCUGUCCAUGAGUGGAUGGGUCAGUUCAGAGGUGAAAAUGUUAAUUUUAAAAUGACCUCCGUUUGUGGGCACGUUAUGAGCUUGGAUUUCAUUGGAAAAUACAACAAUUGGGACAAAGUUGAUCCAGCAGAGCUCUUUACUUGUCCUACGGAAAAAAAAGAAGCAGUUCCAAAACUCAAAAUACCCAAUUUCCUUUUGAAAGAAGGUGGAAAUUGUGAUUAUUUAAUAUUAUGGUUGGAUUGCGAUAAGGAGGGUGAAAAUAUUUGUUUCGAGGUGAUUCAAGCUGUUCAGCAGGGCAACAGGAGAUUGAACCCAGAUGACAUCUGGAGAGCUAAGUUUUCUGCAAUCACUGAUAAAGACAUUAAAGCUGCAAUGGCUAAUCUUGCCAAGCCGAAUGAAAAUGAGGCCAAAAGUGUUGAUGCUAGGCAAGAGCUUGAUCUGCGCAUCGGAUGUGCAUUUACAAGAUUCCAAACCAAGUUUUUUCAAGGAAAAUACGGCGAUUUAGAUGCUUCAUUAAUUUCCUAUGGACCAUGCCAAACUCCUACAUUAGGAUUUUGUGUUCAGAGGCAUGAUGAAAUUCAAACAUUUAAACCAGACCCAUAUUGGGUACUUCAGGUUACAGUCAAGUCCUCAGAUGGAUUGGACAUAGUUUUAAGUUGGUCUAGAGUUAGAUCCUUUGAUAAAGAAGUAGCUAAUAUAUUUCUCAGUAUAGUAAAAGAAUUCGAUCAGGCAACGGUUUUAAGCAUUCAAAGUACCGAAAAAUCAAAGUCAAGACCCAUAGCUUUGAAUACUGUCGAGCUAAUGCGAGUUGCUAGCUCUGGAUUGGGUAUGGGGCCACAUCACGCUAUGCAAAUUGCGGAACGUCUUUACACUCAGGGAUACAUAAGUUAUCCUCGAACUGAAACUACGUCCUACCCAGAAAACUUCGAUUUACUAUCGACCUUGAGGCAGCAGCAAAACAGCUCAGACUGGGGAGACGAAGUUAGAAAAGUUUUGAGUAAUGGUAUUAAUAAACCGAAAAAAGGUCACGAUGCUGGAGACCAUCCUCCCAUAACACCCAUGAAAUCAGCUAGCAGAAACGAAUUGGAUGGAGAUUCUUGGAGGCUCUAUGACUACAUAACGAGGCACUUUAUUGCAACUGUGUCACGAGACUGCAAGUACCUUAGCACCACCAUUAGCAUUGAAAUUGGAUCAGAAAUAUUUACAGUCACAGGACAUUCAUUAAUUGACCCUGGAUACACUAGUUUGUUAACUUGGCAAGCUUUGAGCAACAACGAAUCGAUCCCUAGAUUCCAAAUCGGCGAAAAAGUUAAAAUCGUCGAAGCGAAACUAAAUGAGUGUUUCACCCAACCCCCGGACUACCUAACCGAAUCAGAAUUAAUUACGCUUAUGGAGAAACACGGUAUUGGAACCGAUGCGUCUAUACCCGUUCACAUAAACAACAUCUGCAUAAGAAAUUACGUAAAUGUAGCAUCGGGCAGAAAACUCGUGCCUACGUCGCUCGGCAUCGUUUUAGUUCACGGAUACCAAAAAAUCGACCCAGAAUUAGUUUUGCCAACAAUGCGUUCUGCGGUGGAGGAACAAUUGAAUCUCAUAGCAGUCGGUCGCGUCGAUUUCCAUCCAGUGUUGCAGCACACGGUCGAAAUCUUCAAGCAAAAAUUCCACUACUUUGUCCAAAGCAUCGACGCAAUGGACCAACUAUUCGAGGUCUCCUUUUCCCCGCUCUCCGCGUCCGGAAAGUCACACUCAAGGUGCGGCAAAUGUCGGCGCUACAUGAAAUACAUACAGACCAAGCCAUCCCGAUUGCACUGCGCCCACUGCAACGAAACGUACAAUCUGCCGCAGAACGGCAACAUUCGCAUUUAUAAGGAACUCAAGUGCCCUUUGGACGAUUUUGAACUGCUCUCCUGGUCUACGGGAACGCGUGGCAAAAGCUACACCUUCUGCCCAUACUGCUUCAACAAUCCACCGUUCAGAGAUAUGAAGAAGGGUUCGACCGGCUGCAACGCUUGCACGCAUCCUACCUGCCCGCACGGACUGAACUCGAAUGGCCUGUCAAGCUGUUUGGAGUGCGACAGUGGCAUCCUAGUGUUGGACCCUUCGGCCGCUCCGAAAUGGAAACUCGUGUGUAACAAGUGCGACGUGAUUAUCCAUCUGUUUGAAGGCGCGCAUAAAGUCAUGGUGUUGGCGGACGACGUUUGCGAUUGCGGAGCUCAACUAGUCACUGUCGAGUACAAGCAGGAUAAGAGCAAACUGCCAAACGAAGAGACAGAGAUGACAGGCUGCGUCUUCUGCACGCCGGCAUUCACGAGUUUGGUGGAGAAGCAUCGAGCUGUGGCUUCGAAACCAGUGGCUACUCGUGGCCGUGGACACGCCAAGAGCCGCAGCCGCGGCAAGCCGCGUCCCCCCAAGGAUAAAAUGGCGCAGCUGGCUGCCUACUUUGUCUAACGUCGUUUUCUUCUUAUACUUGACAACUUUUCACAUACUGAUCGUCAUUUUUUUUUUUAUAGCUGCUUUUUGUAACUACGCAUUUUUCUUUGUUUUUUCAACACAAGUGAAUGGAGUGAAAAGCAUGAUGAUCUUUGGUAAAUAGUCAACAUCGUUUUUUCCAUCUGCGUUUGGAGUUCAGCUCCUUGCUUGUUCGCAAAAGUUGACCAACAAUAGUAGGAUAACUUUUUUUUAUUUCUAGAUGCUGGUACACGCCAUUCAAUAGAUUUGCUUUCCAAAAGUUUUCGAUUAAAUCUUAUUUUUGUAUUAAUUUUUUUUAAUCGAUUUAUUAGGUGAAUCGAUGCUCGAUAGAAUUACCGAAUCGCCAAACCCUUUUUAUUUAGAAUUGUAUGAUAAACACAACGCGUAAUUACACGAGAUUAAAAAUUUAAUUUUUUUAAUUUAAUCAACUAAUAACUGUAGCAUAGAAUAGAAUACUCGCCGAGAUUUAAUUAUCACUCGCAAUCGUGCAUGUGUAUGUACUUACAGAGUGAACAACAAUGCAUCUCAAUCGAACGGAGAAAAUAUGCAAACCGCGAAUCAAAAUCAAAGUUGCGUCUCUUGCCGUGACGAUUGGCAUGGCUGUUGUAGAUUUCGAUGUAAACUCGUGCAGCUAACCAUAAAGUAAUGUAUUUAUA